UAUCAUAUGAUAUUGUUUACCGUAAUCCUAUAGAGCGUAGACUAAGCUAAGGAAUGCCGGCGAGGUGGGUUGGGUACAGCCAAAUUGAAGAAAGAUGGAAGACUUGUAGAUUUGUGAAACAAAGACAGAGUAGCUGACUUCUGGUGGACCGUGCAGGUCGUUUUCAGUUCAGACAAUCAAAAAGUGAUAUUGUGUAAACACUAAUCGUAUCUCACCCAAAAAAUGACACAAGCACCCAGCAAGAAAAAAAAAAGAAAAAAGAAAAGAGGUGUGCACACACACACACACACACUUCCAGUUUUGCCCUGUUGUUGUCGUACUGUUUCUGCCUUUAUUUCAUCAUUUCCAAAAAGGACUUUGAGAAAAGAAAAGUAUGCUUCUUUGGACCCCUUUGAGGUUUAGAUGGGCAGUGGGAACACGCUCAUUACCGGAGGAACAGGGACGACUCCUGACUGAUUCUUUUUACCAUUUAGGACCUUUACCAUAUAUAUUCAUUUUCUACUAGUUCAAAUUUUUUUGGUGUUCCUUAAUUUAUAAUUUGUAUCCUACUACCUGGUGGGUUCAGGGUUCAUUCAUUUCAUUCUCCCCUGACGUUCUUCAGAACUUGAAACCCCUUUUCAGGAACUUAGAAUGAACAUUGAAGAUAUUCAUAUUGAAGUCUAAAUAUUGCUGUCACAAGCUGUGGGUGGACAUGGGUUGUAGCUGCUUCGGUUCAUCCCGCGUGGACCAGAAGGGUAAGGGUUCUGCUUAUCAAGGUGCCGGAAAUGCUGAAGACCUACUAGGGAAGACAAAACAUUUCACAUAUAAAGAAUUAUCAGCAGCAACAGAUCAGUUUCAUCAACGUAAUAAGAUAGGGCGAGGUGGGUUCGGGACAGUUUUUAAGGGAAACCUGAGAAAUGGAACUCCAGUUGCUGUAAAGACACUUUCUGCAUUUUCGAAGCAGGGUUUACGGGAAUUUUUGACUGAGAUUGAAGCCAUAUCGAAUGUCAGACAUCCAAACCUUGUUCAAUUGUAUGGAUGUUGUGUACAUGGCGAUAACCGGAUAUUAGUAUACGAGUAUCUUGAAAAUAAUAGCCUUGAUUCUGUAUUACUUGGUAGAUUUAGAACAAUAAAAUUGGACUGGAGCAAAAGAGCAGCUAUUUGCUUGGGAACUGCUAAGGGUCUUGCAUAUCUCCACGAAGAACUUGUGCCACGUAUAGUGCACAGGGACAUCAAAGCUAGUAAUAUACUUCUUAAGAGAGAUUUUACACCGAAAAUUGGGGACUUUGGGUUGGCUAAGCUGUUUCCGGAUGAUAUAACACACAUCAGUACAAAAAUAGCAGGAACCACGGGAUAUCUUGCACCUGAAUAUGCAUUAGGUGGUCAAUUAACGAUGAAGGCCGAUGUAUACAGCUUUGGAGUCGUUCUACUUGAAAUAGUUAGUGGUAAAAGUAGUUCGAGAUCAAAUUGGGGUGGUACGGAGAAGCUACUUCUGGAAUGGGCAUGGGAACUCUAUCAGGGAGAGAAGUUGAUGGAUCUAGUUGAUCCUGAACUGGAUGAUAUUCCUGAGCAAGAGGCCCUUAGGUAUAUAAAGGUAGCCCUUUUCUGUACGCAAGCAAAUGCAAGUCGAAGACCAUCAAUGAGCCAAGUUGUCAGUAUGCUUUCUAGAGAUAUCCGGCUCAACGAGAAGCAGCUCACCCCGCCUGGGUUUUUCCAAGGAUCAGGUGCGCAUAAUUCAUUGCAGUCCAAAGAUAAGUUGUCAGGGGCCUCCGCUAGCUUCCAAAUGAGCUCAGCACCCACCACUCUCACUGAGCUCAAUCCAAGAUGUUGAUAAAAUAAGGACAAGAGUUUGGUUGGGGAUUUGAGGGAAGUGUUGUAUAUCACCAUUUCACGGUGGAUCACACAUAUGGGACCAUAAAUCCGGUAAAUUGGGUGCUUCAAUGAUAAAUCAGUUGUUAUACCCGUAUUCACUUCUUUAGUUGCUUGCAUUUGUCUUAGUUUGGAUAUGAUCUGAUAGUAGUUAGUUGAUGGUUGUUUACAAAGAGGUGGCUUUAUCAGUGAUUCAUGAAAUUCAGGAGUGCAUAAUGGGCAUUCAUGUCGCCUUUUCGGAUGUCUUAUUUGGUCAAGUAAUCUAUUAAAGUUGGAUGGCGUUCAUCAGACUUGCACACAUCAAUAGAAGAGACAGCCGAAAAAAUAAUGGAGAAACAAAAACAAAUAAAAAAGGAAAAAGAAUUUAGGUAAGCAAUACUCGAGGUAAUCUGUCUGUAAUCCCUGGAUCGUUGGUAGAAUCAUGCAUGUGAACGUGUGACCGACUUUUAUUUUCCUUCUGAAGCCAAGCAACUCCCAUCCAACCACUGGGAAGCCGAUACCAGUUAUAAUCAAUCACCUACUUCGGGUAAAACUGUGAACCACUGGUCUAAUUUGAGCAACUACACCAAUAUUUGUACGGUUUAUACUAUAGUGAAGGUAAAGCAUAACUUUCAUUGUCUAAAUGCACAGAAAAAUUAUUGGGUACAACUGUUGUAUCCUUUAUUGGGUACAGCUGUUGUAUCCUGGUUUUUAGUGCAUCAAGUACUAGUAUCCCUAUUUUAGUGAUAUAACUCUCGUAGAAAUUAUCUCUCUUCCCCCUAAAAUUAUUACUUUACCUCUAUUAUUGUGUCUGGCUGCAUAAUGUUACGUGGUACAGCAGCUGCACUGAAUAAUUUCUCAAAUGCACAAACUUUGAUGCCUACUAUUAUUGAUCCGGU